CAUUUUGUCGGAGAAGCUGCAGCGCCGCCUCUUCUCUCGCGUCCUCGCAUCCGUCGCUGCCGCCUCUUCCUCCGCCUCCUCCUUCGCCCCUUCCUGCCUCCUCCCGGCUUCCGCCGCCGAUCCAGCCGCUUCCCAACCCCGGGGCGAAGCGUCUCCUUAUUUAUUUCCGUUUUCUCGCCACUACCGCCUUCUGACACGGUGAUCCGGGCGGGCCCCGCAGGAAUUUUAUCCCCUCACCGGCCUCACACUAGUAUCGCAUGUCCACUAUCCAGAACCUCCAAUCUUUCGACCCCUUUGCUGAUGCAACUAAGGGUGACGACUUACUCCCGGCAGGGACUGAGGAUUACAUUCAUAUAAGAAUCCAGCAACGGAACGGCAGAAAGACACUGACUACUGUUCAGGGCAUUGCAGAUGAUUAUGACAAGAAGAAACUUGUGAAAGCUUUCAAAAAGAAAUUUGCCUGUAAUGGUACUGUGAUUGAACAUCCCGAAUACGGAGAGGUUAUUCAGCUUCAAGGUGACCAAAGAAAAAACAUUUGCCAGUUUCUCUUGGAGGUUGGCAUUGUCAAGGAGGAACAGCUUAAGGUUCAUGGAUUCUAAAAUGAACCUAAAUACGUGGAGAAUUUCUUGAAUAAUUUUGUUCUCUAAACCAAGUUUGGCUGCCUUGUGAAAUGAUUCUCUGCAGUAAACGGACUUUUCAUUUAUUUAAUCAUUCAAACUUCCAUUCACAUCUGCAUGAUUACAGAAAACAUGGGGUAUGUAGGCUAGUAACACAUAAGAAAAUUGCAGUAAGAUGGUAAUGAAACCCCGUAUUCAUCUUAACGUUUCCAAUGGAAAAUAUUUUGUUUUGAGUGUUUAUUUGUUUAUUGUUCAGUUUAUUACUUUUCACUUGAUUAAAUUUUGUUGUUGUAUUAAACCAUGUAUGUUGCAGCUUAACAAUAAAAAAAAAAAAA